GUUCAUCUUGCCACAUUGAGAAACACCCGAAAUUCCAUUGUCCAGCUCAAGCUUCUGUACCUAUCGACCAUGAGCUCUCAGCUUUACAACAAUUCUGGCAAGCCCGAGAAAUUGAUCUAUGCGGUUGACCACGAGGACCCAGAUUUCUGGUUUAAAGUUUUCCGGGCAGGGCUACCAUUUAUCCUAGCUUCAGGCAACUGCUGGAACGAAGGAAUACCCAAAGUACGGGAUCGUCCUACGAGAGUAACCCAGCCGCAGUCGAAAACAAGCAUUCAAUUUAACCUCAUGGCACUGCCGACAGAUAUUUUUCUCGACAUAUAUGAUCUGGUAAUGGAGCCGUACGAAUUGAACGUUUACUUGGCCCCAAAGCUUCACGAAACCGGGCCGCCUAAGUACCACACACACAUGAUAAUUCAAGAACCGCGGGCAUGGGCAUCGAUGACCUUGCUGCAAGUCUCUCGGACAGUUCGAAACCUAACUAUCGCACGCUACGGCCAACCUCACAAGAAUUCACUUCCUUUCGAUCCCAUGGUAGAUAAACUAGUCGUCUUGGGGACAGAUCCUUUCUAUGUCCUCUCGGAACUGGAGCCAAUAGUGUCCAUGGCAAAGCGUAUUGGCCACAAACUCCAACGAAAGCUUGAGAGGAACAUAAUCAAUCCUGCCAAGCUCUUAUGCUACUAUAGCAGAUUACCCUCAGAAAACCCUCGUACUCGACUUACCCCGAUCGGAUCAGUAUUGCUAGAUCGCGUUCAACAUAUGGAAAUCCGAUUUUCUGGCUCAAACCAUGAUGUUAUGUGGUGGGACUUGCUUCGGGGUUUGACCCUUUCGUUGCCGAAUCUCAAGCAUCUAAGAGCUGCGUUCUACGACCUCGACACCUGUCCAAUCGAAGAUGAACAGGAAGACGCACCGCCUGUCCAUCACUAUGCAAUGCCAUAUUGGCGGUUUGUCCAAGGUAUCCGUGAAUACGAAGAAUGGGAAGAUAAUCCCCGACUUUUCCCUCGAUUGAAAUCGUUUGAGAUGUGGAAGACACGCAUGUGCAGCCUAGAAAUUGACGUACAUUUGGACUGGCUCCUCUGCCGUUCCGAAUAGCCAUACAGGAAUUGGGAGAUAGGAUAGUAUAAUUGGUAUGGUAUAAAGCUGUUCUAAGCAACAAGCAGCCCAAUGAAGAUACUAUAAUAGCAUCC